GACGCAGUGUAUCCCCACAUGCGUUACUGUCCAACGAAAUGUGACAAAUAGUAUCCAGGCUGAGCGCAUUUCACCGCAAGAGUUUUAUGUUCUUUUACUACAUCGCGGAAGGAUCUAAUUUUCUCAAGCGAGGGUCGACUCAUCCGCCCAGUUUUCCGAUGUUUCAUUCCCCCCCCGAGUUGAAAAUGGAGUUCGAUUAAAGCAGAUUGUCCAGCAACUUCUCAAAGGAAAACUCAAGUCUGGAUGUAUUUGCUUUGCUUGGUUGAAAACAGAUCAUUUGGAUGCUUUUGCUGCUGCAGACCAGGCGGACACGUUGACGGAUCGACGCUCCUCGGAGCUUUUUCAAGUGUUGUCCUGGAGCUGAAGUUGGCGAAUGGAUGCUCGACAGAGAGCCACAAAUAAUAACCUGCAGUCACAUCCAGUCUGCUACGAUCUGCUCGUCUCUGGAGGAUCCUAUCUGAGGAGCAUGAUGAUGAUGAUGGCCCAUUUGUUGUGGUCGGAUUUUACUUCCAGGGAGGAUAAAAUGAAUCAACGAUUGUCAUUCCUGCUCGCAAUUUAACACAGAAAAGAAAACCCCACCGUGAACGUCUCUGCACUGUUGUUUUCGUUUAGUCCAGGCAUGCAGCAUCCCUGCACCGAGUCCUUACACCCCGAACAGCAGGCUCUUUCUAUAUGUGGAGGAAAAUGGUGAUAUUUGUGGUAUUUUAUCCCGUCGUCGCUGCGUCGUCGAUGCUAUUGCUUGGAUUUGGAUCCCCGUGAGGAAAAAAAUGAGUGAAGAUUCAACAAAUCCAAACAAUGAUGACAGUUAUGCGCGUGUGAGAGCAGUGGUCAUGACUCGGGAUGACUCUGGGUGGCUUCCCCUGGGGGGCGGAGGCCUUAGCUGUGUCACCGUCUAUAAGGUCAGCCGGGCGGAGGACAGCGGUAGCACCCACAGCGGAGGCAGCGGAGGAAGCAGCAGCAACCUCAGCCCCUGUAGCUCCAGUCCCAGUCCCAGUCCCAGUCCCAGUCCCAGCCCCAGCCCCAGCCCCAGCCCCACCGCUGUGGAAUUUCACAUCAAGGGCGAGAGGCUCAAAGACAAAUUGGUGGUGCUGGAGUGCAUCCUGCAGAAAGGCCUAAUAUACAACAAGGUCAACCCCAUCUUCCACCACUGGAGGAUCAACGACAAGAAGUUCGGACUGACUUUCCAGAGCCCUGCUGACGCACGUGCCUUUGACCGGGGCGUACGUCGGGCCAUAGAGGACAUCAACCAAGGUUGUCGGCCGUUUGGGGAAGGAGAUACUCCUGAAGAUGGACUACCGGUUUGUGAUGAGCCUCCCUCUAUCUGUACCCCAAUGAAAGAGCCCUUCUCUCCGCUGAACAACAUCGUCUCCACCGAGCCAUUCAGGGGCUGCUACGUCCGCGCCCAACCCUUCGAAGAGUUCCCUUCCAGCAACCGCCGCUACCUGCCUCCACAGGUCUCCUUUAAAUCGACCCGUCAUGUCAGUUUUCACAUGGACGAAGAGGAGAUUGUUCGCAUCAACCCACGCAAGGACGUGCUCAUCCGCGGUUACGAGGACUACCGCCACCCUGUCAUGUGGAAACAUGACAACGACCGCGAGGACUUGGACUUCCCCUCCACCUUCCACAAACUGGACAGUAAGAAGUGCGAGUACCUCUUCCCCGAUGGCCCCUGUGGGGACUCCCACUCCGGCCCCGGUAUGGGCAUUGGGACCGGUAUGGGGCUGGGUCUGGGCAAGGACACAGCCAUCAAGACUCAGCCCUCGCCCCUGCUCAAGUCCAAGAAGGGCCGGCGGCGGCGGGAGGACGGCGAGCGCUCGCGCUGCAUCUACUGUCGGGAGAUGUUCAACCACGAAGACAACUGGCGGGGGCAGUGCCAAGACGCCCCCGACCCGAUCAAGCAGUGCAUCUACAAAGUCAGCUGCAUGCUGUGCGCCGAGAGCAUGCUGUACCACUGCAUGUCCGACUCCGAGGGCGACUUCUCAGACCCCUGCUCGUGUGACACGUCCGACGAGCAGUUCUGCCUGCGCUGGCUGGCCCUGGUGGCGCUCUCCUUCAUCGCGCCCUGCAUGUGCUGCUACCUGCCCCUGCGCGCCUGCCACCACUGUGGCGAGGCCUGCCGCUGCUGCGGGGGCAAGCACAAGGCCGCGGGGUGACCUGACGACGGACUCUGGGACACCCUCAAAGCUAGCUAACACAGGAAGUGGAUAAAAGCGGAAAAUUAAAAGCCGGCAUCCUUUUUUCAUUCCCCUCUCAGACGGGGUGAUAUGUUGUUGAUCCCCAGCUCUGAGGGCUUUUGGAGAUUUCAGUUUGUGUUUGUCGCCGACAAGCAGCGGUGGAGGACAAACCAUAUGCUUUGUGGGAGCUCUGAGCAUCAAGCUACGUUCAGGAGCUUAAUCUGAGGAGCUGAAGAGGAGGCAGCGUCAAGAUUAAUAGACUUGGAGAUGUUACUAAACACACCUGUACACACACACACCCACACACACACACACACACACACCUCUCUCUCACAUUCAAACUCAUGCAUUGACAAAGCCAGGCCACAAAUGUCAGAACUCUACUGCAAGAAAAUGUGUAACUUUAUGAAGGAAAUUUGUCUUUUGUACAGAGAGCGACAACUUAAUGACAAAAAAAACAAAACAAAACUAUUCUGCGUUCAGAAAAAAUACGUGCUGUUUGAGUAUGCUAAAAGGGAUAUGUUCUUGCUUUUUUGUGAAUUUACAGUUGGGUAACAGUGGCCUUUCCUUCAUGGCUUAAGCAUUUGCUGACAAUGUAAUUACUAGACAGAGAAAAGUGCACUAGAAAUGGUAUCCCCCCCAGCCCUGAGUAAAGGUAGCCCUCUUAAAAUUCUUGUGGUACAUUAACCACAAUAUAUAGUGUAAUUUUAACAUUUGAGACAUGUUUCUGUGGUGGAUGAAUGGCCAAUUCCUUUUUUUCCUUUCCAUCGAAUGUUGAAGAAAAUUCAAAAGGUAACAGCUUGUUUUUGGAGGUACAGCUUGGUAUAUCUGUUGACAUUAAUUAAGAUGUUAAAAUGAUUACCUUGCUUUUUCUGAGGUGAUUUUACACCAUUUGAUUGCAUUCCAAAAUAAAGGGAUCGAUUCCAUGAUUAGAAGGGAAAAAAUGGUAAUGAGUUUACCAUGCAGAGUUCCGCAAAAUAUUUUUUUCCACGUCAUGAAAAUAGCAUUAGAACCCUCUUGAACCAUUUGAAAUGAAACCGAUACAUGACAAUUUCAUUUACUCCAGUGGAUUUCAGUUUUAGUCCAGGUAUUUACUGCUGUAGUGAGAUUGGUGUUUUUGUUUCUUAUUUGUUAUUUUCCUGCUCAUUUUAUAAUUAUUUUUUGGAACAAAAGCUGAAAUGUUGCUCAACCAGCAAGUUUUGUUUCGGUGAGUAAAGGGGUUUCAGUGCUCCUUGGUUAAAUGAUGAGGCACUUAAAUUAGGUCAUUCUUUUACUGAGAAUCCUUCAGAUUUUAAAAAUGAGUCUGUACAUAACUUAGACUAAUGUAACAUUUGAUUUGGUUUAGGAAAACCCCUCCUGAAAGCACUGCUCUCCAAGCUUUGGUUGCAGCACCCUCUCCAAACUUCCAUGUUUGUCCCAUGAAUCCGUUUUUUUCUUUAUGUUUUGUUUCAUUUCCCCCUCAUAUCCUGUUAAAAUGUAGUAUUUCUUGUCCCUCAAAAGUCCACCCCUUUCCUUAAGUCUCCAUUUAUCAGGCCCUGAAUGAAUGACAACGUUCCAGGAUUGCUGAGCAUCUUAGCUAUUGAAAAAAACAUACAGAUGUUAUGUAUGUGAAUGUGUGUCUGUGUGUGUGCAUAGGUCUUCAUAUGCACUGCUGAUUCGGUGUCAUGUAACGUCCCCAGCGUCCUGUUUUCCCGAAGCAUCCAAAAUCUCACUAGGAUUUUCACUUAUUUGCUUUCUCUUUGAAGGUUAGAUUGGAAGAUCGUUUAAACCGCCGUAAAUGUCUGUUGUAAAGCUGAAGCUAGCAGCCGCUUAGCUUAGCAUAAACACUUGAACGGGGGCUAGCCUGGCUCUGUCCAAAUGUAACUACAUUACCUAUCAGCACCUGUAAAGUUCACCAAUCAACAUUUUACAUUUGAUAUAUUUAAUUCGAACAAAAAAAACGAUUUAAAAUGAGUAUUUGUGGUUUCACAGGGGUCAUGUGUGGGACUAUUUCUCGGAUGGGCAAAGUGGUUUAGUUCCUGGAGUUUUGUUGUCACCAUAAGGUCGCCAUGCAAAAACGCUGGGGAGUUACUGUGCAUGGCCAAGAAAUAGUCCCACUUAUAACCUCAGAAUUACACUGUGUUUUUUACAGAUGAAACAAAUUGGAUAUAAUGUGUUUAUAAGUGAGCUUUUGCAGUGGUGCUAGGUUGAUUUUAUCACCUUUGGAAAGAGCUAGGCUAGUUUUUUCCCCCCCAAUUUCCAGUCUUUAUGUAAAGCUAAGCAGCUGCUGGCCAUAGUUUCGUAUUUAUAAGCUAGAUAUGAGAUUGAUAUCAAUCUUCUUCUCAAUUAACUCUCAGCAGGAGAGCAAAUAAGCAUAAUUCCAUAAUGUUAAACUACUCUUAAGCUCUUUUGGGUAACAGGGACACUAGUUAUGUUUGAAUCCCAUUUCCCCUUCUAUACGAAUAGAACAUUUUAAAAUUAAAGUUUUUCUCACAAAACCAUUGUUGACUCAAACUAGUCUGAACAACAACUAACUCCCAACAGUAACAACAGUUCAGUUUGGACGUCUAGCUGCAAUAACUGAUGAAAUGAUCCCUAACUAAAGGCAUUGGCGUGUUUGAAAUUAGUGCUAAUUGGGAUUCACCUUAACAGAUAUGCAUCUCCUCUCACCCCGUGUCACUCAUAGUUAAAAAUAAUGUAGUGGCACCUAAAAAUGUUUAUUUUCCUAAUUCCACCCGCACCAACGCUCCCUUUACUUUCUAUGCAAACUUUCUAAAGUGGGAAACACAUUGACCUCUCUGCAGACUGAGUCAGUGACGGGACAGGACACUUUAACGCUACAUAGGUAGACGACCAACCCCCUGGUACCAAACUCCAAACAACCUGUAAAUACUUAACACUAUAUUUAAGUUCUGAUAAUAAUCCCAUCUUUUUUUUGUCUUUGAAAUUUUAAAGAUAGAGAUGUAUUUAUCGUUGCUGUCAGCAUAUACUGUAGCUUCAAUUGACAGCAUUAUGUACAUAGGUCACCUUUUAGUAUUAUUUCACAUUGAAAAGUAGAGGGCGUUUGUGAUGGAAACGACUAUUGAGCUUCUAAUAAGAGUUUCUCUCUAGUUUUGUACGGUAGAAAGAAGGAUAGUGCUAACACGGUACAGUAGUGGCAGUCCACUUGUUUCAAAAGUUUGAUAUAUAUACAUAUACAUGUAUGUAUGUAUAAAUAUAUGUAUACAUAUACAUAUGUGUGUGUGUAUAUAUGUAUACAUGUAUACGUAUAUAUAUAUAUAUGUGUGUAUGUAUACGUAUAUAUAUAUAUACGUAUAUAUAUAUAUGUGUGUGUGUGUCUGUAUAUAUAUAUAUAUAUACACA